CGGCGGGGACCAGCACCGGCCUGCAGGCUCCGGACCAGGCACCGGCGGGAGGCGGGAGUCAGCCGAGCACCUGGACCAAACAUGAGUAAAGUUUCCUGCAAAAAACGGGAUGACUAUUUGGAGUGGCCUGAGUAUUUCAUGGCGGUUGCCUUUUUGUCAGCCCAAAGAAGCAAAGAUCCAAAUUCUCAGGUUGGAGCCUGCAUUGUGAAUGCUGAAAAUAAGAUUGUGGGGAUAGGGUACAAUGGAAUGCCCAAUGGGUGCAGCGAUGACCAGUUGCCUUGGAGUAGGACAGCGGAGAAUAAGCUGGAUACCAAAUACCCUUAUGUGUGUCACGCUGAGCUGAAUGCCAUCAUGAACAAGAAUUCGGCUGAUGUAAAGGGCUGUAGUAUCUAUGUCGCUCUGUUCCCGUGUAAUGAAUGUGCUAAGCUUAUCAUCCAGGCAGGUAUAAAAGAAGUGAUUUUCAUGUCUGAUAAAUACCAUGACAGUGAUGAGACAAGAGCUGCAAGGCUCAUGUUUGAGAUGGCCGGGGUUAAGUUCAGGAAAUUUACACCAAAGUGCAACAAGAUUGUCAUUGACUUUGAUUCAAUUAACAGCCAGAGGAGUUAGAAGCUCCAGUGAGUUCUGUUUCAUUAAAUCUCCAGGAAUUGGGACUUUCCUCUAAGAUGCUGCUAAUACCUUUCAUCUGGAAGUUGCACAUCACUUUUUAAUAGCCAGUGCAGCCCAAGUAGACAUCUAAAGAGUACACAGCCGCAAGUCUCCCUCACGACGUGCAGUCCACAUCUGCUUAGACUGUUGAUUUAGGAUUGAACAUGAGGGCCUGUCCCACAGGGCUGGAUCUCAGAUGCCUCCUCCCUCAUGACGUAUCUGGCUGGGAGGCUGGUUGGCUCUCCACUUGGUUUCAACAGUCACUCCUCACGUAAAUAAUGGUUGGGUUCUUAGCGGGGAUGAGUAGACAUGCUGAUGUGAACAUCUGGCCCAAAUGAAGCAUAGCGUGUAGUGCCCUCGGGAAAAAAAAAAAAGAAAAGAAAAGAAAAUCAAGCCCAAAUGACAAUAGCAUUGAAGUAUAUGCUGCAGAGUAGAGGGAAUCCCCAUCUACCCACCCAAAAGACCUGGAUAGGACGGCACAGCUGAUCUGGCAGAUGAUCAGUGCCACUGAGCCAGGAAUAUCUCCUCCAUCUUCUCUGUUCCGCCUCCUGUCACACACUGGGGAGUGGCACAGUAUCCCUCCAGGGGAUGGGGACCCGUGUGGUUUUGGCUUCUUCUCUUUGGUUUAUUGGUCACGCAGAACUGUUGGGUUUAGUUUAUCUGAGUAAUGAGUUGUUUCCCAGAGGAGGCAGCUUAUCACUUUCUCCAGAUCAUGCCUCCACUGGGAUUACAGCUGGAGUUGUGUGGAUGGGAGGGAUGGGCCAUCUCCCCCCACUGCUGCUUCUACUGGGUGGAAAAGUCUCUACUCCACUUGCCAACAUGGGUCAUUUCCAAGGACGCUCCACAGCCAGAGAGCAAAUUCAUUCCUGUCCUGUAAGUGGAUUGUGAGAACUUCUUCAUGCCCCCUGAGAGGCUGUGAUUCCACGCUGUUGGGGAUUGGAGCUCAUUGGUGCUUCCUGAAUGCCUUCACCUAAUCACUAUGAGUGGAAAAUUUGAGCCACAUGCCUUAUCUUUAAUCUCAUUUAAUUUUUAUUACACAGGUUCAGUACUUUUAUUGAGAAAAUGGUUUCUUUAUCCUAAAGAUUAUUACAUUUUUUAGAGUGCUCUUAUGUUUUCAUGAGUUUUUAUUUUUGUCUCUGAGGUUUUUUUAUAUGCUGUUUUCCUGAGCAUCUUGUAAGUUGGCUCCUUACCAAUAUUAUUAAAAUCUUAUUAAACUCUA